AUGGAGAAGGCGAGGGCAAUGUGCCAGAGGAGGUGGACGAGGAGGAGAGCCUGGCCCGGGAGGACGCCGGGAGGUGACACUUGGGGCGUUGGGAGGCGAAGCACGGGGCGUCGGGAGGCGACGCUCGGGGCGUCAGGAGGUGAUGCUCGGGGUGUCGGGAGGCUGGCGCCGCCGAGAGCAGAAGGGCGCCGCUGA